AUGGAAAAGAGUGAAUUCCAUGUGAAGGAAACCGUGUUUCUUGGGUAUCUGAUCUCGGAGAAUAAGGUCAGGAUGGAACCAAGCAAGGUGGAAGCCGUAUGGAACUGGCCUGUUCCUAGGAACGCGACCGAUGUACGCGGAUUCCUUGGGUUUACCAACUUCUAUCGCAAGUUCAUACGCGAUUACGGAAAGAUUGCCAGACCGCUGUACGAGCUUACCAAGAAAGAAGUCACCUUCACAUGGGGAAACAAGGAAGAAGAAGCCUUCAGGGCAAUCUGCGAUGCAAUUACCGCAGACCCGGUGCUAAAACUUCCAGACCCAAGCAAGCACUUUGAAGUCGAAACCGACACGUCAGAUUACGCAAUCGGAGGACAACUGGGACAGCGUGACGAUCAGGGAAAAUUGCACCCUAUAGCUUUCUUCUCGAAGAAACUAGAAGGGCCCCGACGCAACUAUCCCAUUCACGAUAAAGAACUCAGCCAUCAUCGAAGCAUUCCAAGAAUGGAGGCCGUGCUUAACGGCCGACAGACGCGAUGGGCCGAGUUCUUGUCAGAGUUCAACUUCAAGAUCAACUACAAGAAGGGAUCGGAGAACGCUCGGGCCGACGCACUCAGUCGGUGA